AUUAAUCUUAUGUUCUAACCAUAGUGGUCAUGAUAUUCUGGGAAAGCGAUAAGCAAGUAGCACAAGACCGGAACCGACGUUCUGGAUUGUCUCUGCCGAUCGCGGCGCAACAGGCCUUACUGCCAGAAACAUAGAACACCCACGCACAAAGUCUUGCACAAAACUCCCUCCUUAGUUGACCAGGCACAUCCCUGGUAUCCCAGUUUUCGCUCCGAGUAAACUUAGCUCAGCCAAAUCUAACCAUGCCGGGACCCUGACCAACUCAUCCGCAGUCUAGUACUUCCUCCGCCCAGUCCAGCUGAUAAGACACUCACGUCAAUAACCCACCCUUACCUACAGUAUAAGUAUGCAUUGAUAGUCUGGCAGCAGCCCACGCACGCACGCACGCACCAUGACAUCCACAGACACCCCACACAACCCCGACUGGGCACAUUCCAUCCGCUUCCACAACUCCUUCCUCCUCGAGCGCACCGCCCCAGGCGAAGCCGAACGCCUCGCAGCGAUCGAACACGCGCUCGCGAACAGCGCAGCGCACGGGCUCCCGCAGAUCUCCGUCGCGCGCAACGAGGGCAAGUUCCUGCGGCUCGUCGCGCGGAGCAUCGGCGCUAAACGCGUGUUGGAGGUCGGGACGCUCGGGGGCGUGUCGAGCAUCUGGAUCGCACAGGGUCUCCCGCCCGACGGCCGCAUCGUGACACUCGAGCUGUCCGAGGAGCGCGCAAAGGUCGCAAAGCAAAACUGGGAAGCCGCAGGCAUAGCACACCAAAUCUCAAUCAUCGUCGGCGACGCCGUCGCCUCGAUCACCGCGCUCCACCCCUCCGAGUCCGAGCCGUUCGACAUGGCCUUCAUCGACGCAGACAAAAAGAGCAACCCCACGUACUUCCGCGAGGCGAAGCGGCUCGUGCGCAGCGGCGGCGUCAUCAUCGUGGACAACGUCAUCCGCCGCGGCCGCAUCGCGGACCUGAGCAACACGCAGCCGGACCAGGAGGGCACGCGCGAGAUGCUGCGCAUGAUCAAGGAGGACGCGGAGGUGGACGCGACGACGAUCGCAACGGCGGGGGAAAAGUCGUUCGAUGGGUUUUUGUAUGCUAUUAGGCUCUGAACUGUGAUGCGUGCGUCGCAAUUGGUAUAGGUCGAGGAAGGAAAGAAGGCAUAAGGUGGUCGGCUAGCCUUCGGACUCAGAGUCUGAUAGGUCCAUGUCGACCUCUUGGUCUGAUAGUAAACCGUCACUGAAGCCAUGUUCAUGAGAGAUCGACGUGUGAUUAAGAUCAAGAGCUCCCGCUAAGCCAGGUGACGGUAGCGGCAAGGGUGGCGGUGUGGAAGAUGGAGGUGGAGGAGGCAGUGGAGGCGGAAGUGAAGACGGAGGCGGAGGCGAGGGUAAAGGUUCCCGCGAGCUGGAUGUAUCGGAACCGUCGAGGCUUGGUAGCGUAUACCCACUGUAUACAGUGAGUUUAUCGGAAUAGAAGAACGUGUUCGGGUACUUUGCCCAGCGCCUUACAGGCCGUUGGGUGGUCUCAACAGAUCGAACACUGUCACUCUCUUCGCCCUCAGUGGAGGGCGGUGACACCGCAAGAUCAAGAGCCGCAGGCUGCUUAAGCCGUGCAGUAGACAGAUCGAGCUCCUCUAGCUCGUCAUCAUUGAAAAUCCCAAACGAAUUCGCCUCCGUCUCUUCCGCGUCGCCUACAAGGUCAGACUCCUCGCCAAGAAUGCGCUCGCGCACAGCAAUCCGUGGGUCCCGUCCGGCGACCCACCCAGGCGGAUACCCCCAGUUCGACAUGUUCCUCAGCCACUCUGUGCUCUCGCCCGUGUCCUUCGGCCACAAGCCGAGUGCAUCUCUAAGCUCGGGGCCGACCACCCUCCCAGGCUGGAACACUUCGAGCCACUCCAGGCGCUGCGCUCUCCACGCCUCGACAACAUGAAAACGGCCGGUCUCGAGGGCGUCUCUGUCGGCACGCAGAAAGCUGAACAGCUGGCGGGAGAGGGCGAUGACCUGCCGGUCGUGUGGCUGUAUGCACGCGGCGAGCGCGUGCUCGGGGGAGCCGCAGUUGAAGCAGCGGCGCUCGUCUGCUGGGUCCGCGACAGCUGGAGCGGCGUCUGCAGUGGACUCUGGGGCCUCGUCGCCGAGAAUGUCGAGCGAGUUGCGGUCGUAAUACGACCAUUGGACUGUCCAUGGGUGGGGUGGGA